GAUGAUAUUUGUCAACGGCCUAGCCGCGGUCACACUGGCGGCAAAAAAAAAACGGAAUCAUAUCGCGGAAAAAAAACGCGACCAGGCCGCAUUUUGUAAAUUAAGUCCGAUUUAGCACCGAUUUUACGCCGUUCAGAAAAUUAGACAAGUUUGUGCAAAGGAGAACGUGAGAAAGGAAUCGAUAAGAACAGCAAAGAAAAAGGCAUACAUACAUACGCACGUACACACGUCUCGCUGCUAAGGAAUAUAUGUAUCCGUCUGGGAGUGUGUGUGUUUGUGUGCGCUGCAGCAGCUUCUAGGCGAGAAGGAGAGAGCGAUAGAUUCCCGACUCGCGACUUUUGGAGCGUCCCGAGAGCAAGCGAGAGAGCGAGAGCCAUGGACGGCGUUUGGAUGUUUUUGGGGAACAAAGGCGUCAAGAGCUAAAAUGAUUUGCCACAGCCAACGUGAUAUAUUUCGGAUACGCAGCCAAAGCCAAGCCAUCCAAAACCAAUUCCAAUUUAAGUCCAGUGUGUCGCCGUGUGUAUGUGUAUGUCUCGACAAAAAGCCGUGGAAAAAGACGCACGCACACAAGCACACAGCAGCAGACAAAGCAUCGUUUUGGGAGUGCGAGCGAGAGGCAAGAGCGCCUUAGUGAAUAAUUCAUUUAAGACUGUCCUGCAGAAUGGUCGUCGGCUCGAAUCACACGCGGCGCGGUGAAACUGGCAGCAGAUUUACAAAUAGCAGCAGCUCCAGUGGCUCAAACGGUGGCUCCACCGCUUCGGCCAGCAGCACCACCAGCGCAACGUCUUCACUAGCCACCAAUUCCACGACGACGACGACGACGGCGGCGGCGGCAGCUCUGUUGUCGUCCAUGUCCCACAAGCACCAUGGCCAGCCGCCAUCCGCACCGCCGUCUGCGCACCACCAGGCGAAUCAGCAGCAGCACCACCACCCACAUGCCCACUUUCAGCAGGCGAGUCAGCAGAACAUCCAGCACCACCAUUCGCAUCACUCCUCGAAUGGCAGUGGCAAUGGAGGAGGCGGAGGAGGAGGAACUGCAGGAUCUGCAGGAACUGGAUCGGUGGUCAGUGGACUCAAUGGCUGCAACGGCAGUGCCGUUAGCCGCCUGUCCCAAUCCACGGGCAUGUCGCCGCGUGAACUCUCCGAGAACGAUGACCUGGCCACAUCGCUGAUCCUUGAUCCUCAUCUAGGUUUCCAGACCCACAAGAUGAACAUACGCUUCCGCCCGCUGAAGGUGGACACGCAGCAGCUGAAGGCCAUCGUGGAUGACUUUAUCCACACGCAGAACUAUGAUGUGGCCAUUCAGCGCAUCUAUGAUGGUCCCUGGAUACCGCGUCAUCUCAAGAACAAGAACAAGAUCGCCACCAAGCGGCUUCACGAUCAUAUCGUGCGUUAUCUGCGCGUUUUCGACAAGGACAGUGGCUUUGCGAUCGAGGCCUGCUACAGAUAUUCACUGGAGGAGCAGCGCGGGGCCAAGAUAAGUUCGACGAAACGGUGGUCAAAGAACGACAAGAUCGAAUGCCUGGUGGGCUGCAUUGCUGAGCUGACAGAGGCCGAGGAGGCGGCCCUGUUACACUCGGGCAAAAAUGACUUUUCGGUGAUGUAUAGCUGCCGCAAGAAUUGCGCCCAAUUGUGGCUGGGUCCGGCUGCCUACAUAAAUCACGAUUGUCGGGCCAAUUGCAAGUUUUUGGCCACCGGCAGGGACACCGCGUGUGUGAAGGUCCUGCGCGACAUCGAAGUGGGUGAGGAGAUAACCUGUUUCUAUGGCGAGGACUUCUUUGGGGAUUCCAAUCGCUAUUGCGAGUGCGAGACGUGCGAGCGACGCGGCACCGGCGCCUUUGCCGGCAAGGAUGAUGGCCUGAUGCUGGGUCUCAGCAUGGGACUCGGUUUGGCCACCAGCGGACCCGGCAACAAUGGUGGCUAUCGCCUGCGCGAGACGGACAAUCGGAUUAAUCGCAUCAAGAGCCGAGCCAACUCCACGAACAGCACGUCGAACAGUAAUAGCAAUACAAAUGAUUCCACUGGCACCAGCGAGAGCAGCAGCACGAAUGGCGGAUUAAUGGUUUCCGGCGGAGCAGCAGCAAUUGGAGGAGGAGGAGGAGGUGCAGCAGCAGCAGCAGGAGCAGCUGGAGCCACUGGAGUAGCAGUGCCUGUGGCAAUGCAGCCAUCAACUGGCGGCAAGGAGGCAACUGCAACUGCCGCUGUCUCCCUGCUCGAAAAGAAACUGCCCAACGUUGUGGUUUCCCCGCUGACCAUGAAGGAGCUGCGCCAAAAGGGCAUGACCAAGUACGAUGCCGAGAUGAUAAUGGCCAAUGCCGCCUACCAGCAGCAGCACCAUCAUCAGCAUCAUUUCCAUCACCAUCAUCAUCAUCAUCACCAUCACCACAAUCAUGGCCAGCACGCAAGCACUGGAGCCGAGGCCACGGCGGCUGUGCAGCAAAUGGCAGCCAUGCAGAAGCCAGGUGGCGGAGUCGGAGUCGCAGGCGUUGAAGGAGGAACAGGAACAGGACCUGGAGGAGGAGGAGGUGGUGGUGCUGGAGGCGCAACAGUGGGCGGCGGCGGCGGCGUGGCCGGCGGAGCGGGCUCCGAGGUCAAUGGCGGUCGUUCCAGCAGUCUGCGCAAAUCGAUGCGUGUAAAUAGCACCAGCAGUAGCAUAUCCACCGCCUCCACGGACGAGGUGGUGGCCCCGUCGGUGGUCGUGGCCAGCAUUCCACUGUCCACCAAGGCGCCAGUGGUCCUUGUGCCUCGAUGCAAGCCCGCCCAGUUGGCCAUUGCCGCACUGCACCAGCGACAGCAACGCCAGCUGCGACGUAGCGAGCGCCAGAAGGAGAAGCACACGGACAGCGAGAGCAGCGACACCAGCAGCGAGCAGCAGAAGCGGGAGCAGAAGCACCAGCUGCAGCUACAGCAGCAGCAGCAGCAGCAGCAGGAUCACCACCAGUUGCCGCCGAAAAUGUUCAUUCUAGCGGAGGAAGAACAUCCGGAAAAGACGGAGGAGAAGCAACAAGAGCAGCAGCAGCAGCAGCAGGAGAAGCGUGUGACGCGUAAUAGUGCGGGAAGAGGAGGAUUGGUAGCCGGAUUAGCCACUGCCCAAAACAAUAACAUUGCAACCACAACAAAUAGCAGCAGCAGCAGCAACAAAGCAACAACGAUUACAAAUUGUAAUAAUCAUAAUAGUAAUAAUAACAGUAGAAUUAAUCAUAAUUCUAAUCUUAGCGGUAGACUUAGUGUUAAAUCGAAGAAGCCAGCACCAAGUGAGGCCUCGUCCACACCCUCAUCCACAUCCACAUCCACAUCCUCAGAAAAUCAUCAGCAGCAGCAACAGCAACAGCAGCAGCAGCAGGCAAAGCGUCGCAGUCGCAGCCCGAGUCCCGCCUACAAGAAGAACCUUUUGGCCAGCUUCGAUCCCGUUCCUCCCUCCAAGGAGCAGCAGCCAAGGAACGAAGAAGGAGUUACCAAUCAUCCGCCGGUCAAAAAACGGAGUCGAAGGGCAGCUGCUUUGGCAGCGGCACAGAGUAUACAUUGCGAAGCACUGGGCGGCUUCUCAUCGGGCUCCACUGGUGGCCAGCAGCGGAAGAGAACCCAGCCGCUGGAAGCUGCUGCCACCUCAUCAACCUCCUCAUCCUCCUCCGCCGCCGCUGCCCCCAGCAACAUUGGCAAUGUGGAACCCCUGCUAAAGACGCCAGAGCGCAGGCUGAAGCUAACGUUGCGCAUGAAGCGUUCACCGAUCCUGGACGAAGUUAUUGAGCUGGGGACGAGCCUGAGCAACGGCGGAGCUGGCCGAAGUGCAGCGGCAUCUUCGCAUCGCGGCGGCCGAGGAGACGGAUCGGAUAGAGCUGCGCUAAAUCUAACUGGCAGCAGCAGUUCCAAUGGCAUUGAGUAUGAGAUCCUGCGCAUGGAGGGCAUUUCCGAGCAUGGCAACGAUGACGACGACGACGACGGCGACGAUGAGGAGGAGGAGCACGAGCAGCAGCAGCAGCAGCAAGUGAACGCAAAGGAUGAAGACGAGGAGCCAGCGGCCGAGGAAGAGGACGAGCCGCCGCCAAAGGAGGAGCAGCAACUGCCCACCAAGAAGCAGAGGAAGAAACAGCGCAGUCGCAGCAGGAGCAGCCAACGCAGAUCGCCAGCGCCGAGCAGUAGCAGUGUGUACGGCACUCCGCAGAAGAAGCGACUGCGUCUGAUCUUUGGCAACGAAUCGCACACCAUAGACAUUCCACCAGCAGCAGGAGAGGGAGGAGCGGGCAGCGGCACGGAUGAGCUAAACAGCAGUGGCGGCGGCAACGGCGGCGGCGAUGACUCCUUCAAUGCCUCGUACGCCAGCAGCACUAGUUUGACGGUCAACACCUCAUCCAGCAGCACCAGUUCAUCGGGCGGAGUGGGCGAGGGAGAGGGAGGAGCCACCUCAUCCUCGGCCGAGGCCGUGGACUCCUCCACCGUGGGCUGCCCACCCAUUGCUGCCCAAUCGCCGUCAUCCACCACCAACAACAGCAGCAGCUCCUUUCAAUCGGCCUGCACAUCGACAACCAGCAGCAAUAGCUAUUUUCCCAAUGGCAAGCAGCGUGCUGCUGGCGAGGAUUCCUAUGCGAUGCACUACUAUCAGCUGGGCAAAUUCGCUGGCACCUCGAGUCCCGGCCAGGGACAGGCCAUUGUCAGCAGCAGCAGUGGAUCGGGAGCGGUAGCAGUAGGAGGAGGAGGAGGAGGAACUGGGACAGGGGCUGGAUUCCUGAGCAUGCCAAAGCACACUUUUGGCACCUGCGCCCUCCUGGCGCCCACCAGUUUUGCCAAUCUGCAAAAUGCGACGCAGAUUGGCCAGCAAAAGUCCAGCGGUGGCGACGGUGGCGGAAUGGUGGCCACAUCCACAUCGGCAGGCCCAUCCAUUGCCUUGCAUCAUCAUCAUAACAGCCAUCAUGGCCAGAAAUAACCAACGACUGAUCUCCAAGCAAAUUGACUAAGCACAGCUGCCAUUGCCAAGAGAAGAAGAGGAACAGGACGAUGAAGUAGAAGGAGGAGUAGAAGAAGCCAGGACAAGGAUUUGGAGAAGGAGGAGAAGGAGCACCAGGACCACCAGGACCAGGUGAAGGAAAUGGAGGAGGAGGAGGGCAGGAAGGGAUUGCUGCGCUGCUGGCGUCAUUGCCUCUGCUGUUGCUGCUGAGCCUGUGAAACCGAAACUGAAACAGAAACCUCAAUCUAAACCUAAACCCUGUAGAAACCUUAGUUUUAGAUCUUAGUCCAAGUAGAUCAGAUCCUUGAUAUAUCCUUGGUUUUUCAUUCAUAUAUAUGUAUAUUCAGGAAGCAAAAAACAGGCUGACAAAUUUGUUAAAUCGAAUCCGGAUAUAUAUACCUGAUUAUAACUUA